AGGCAGGGUGACCACACGCUGCCCUGAGCUCGACCGGAUAGGUCUUGAUUUUCAAAAUGGCUCCUCUCUUUCCGAGAAAAUUCACCCACGUCUGCGUUCUGUUCCUUUUGACUUUUUGGCCAACAAGUUCGACCAGUAUCGCCCUUCCACUAGAGGAGAAACUGCAACAAUUAACCGACAGCUACAUUAAAUUCAAGGAAAUCAUUGGGUCAAAAGUAUCUCAGUUGGAGAAAAAAGUGGCUGAAUUGGAAGUUAUAAAUGGCCAACUUCAGAUGAAAAAUGUCCAGUUGGAAGAAGUGAUUACGCAGAUGGCGCCGGCAACAAUAGUACAACCAAUAGACAAACAAAAUGUUGAAUCAAAAGAAGAUUUGGCUUCAAAAGUUCCACCACUGGAAACACUUUCGUUUGUUGUGAACCAGAUACUGAAAUUCAAGGAAGUUGUGGGUGAAAAAGUAGUACAACUAGAGCAGAAAGAUGCUGAAUUGGAAGGCAAAAUCAAUCAACUCGAGUCUAAGUCAUUGCUGGUUGCCCAACCAGAAAUGAAAGUUGAAAACGAUGAACCGAUAUUGAAGGCCAGUUUUAAAUUUGCGACAAAUGAAUUGGACACCCAACAUCGACUGAUGUCAGGAAGGGGCAGAACGCCAAGAACAUGCAGAGAAAUUUAUUCAAGUGAGCCAUCGUCGACAUCAGGAAUGUAUUGGAUCGAUCCAGACGGCCAUGGAGUGGGAGAUGACGCCAUUCACGUUUAUUGUGACAUGGCGACAGGGUCGACUUCCAUUGCCCACGACAGCGAAUCACCAAUUAACGUGGGUCAUUGCGCUGAACCUGGAUGUUACUCGAGGACAAUCAACUACAACGCGAGUAAUAAACAAAUGAAAGCAUUAAUUGAAUUGUCAGCAGAGUGCCAUCAAUCCGUUGUCUACGAGUGCCACUACGCCCCGUUCGAGUUCAACAACGUCCCUUUCGCCUGGUGGAAUGACAGGAAUGGAAAUCCGCAAUAUUUUUGGACCGGAAGCUUUGAAAAAGGGAUUCACGCUUGUCAGUGUAGCAUUGAUGGAAAUUGCGUAGAUGCUUCAGUUCUGUGCAAUUGUGACGCCACUGCUCCAACGCCAUUAGCCGAUCAGGGUUUUAUAACUGAUAAAAGAAUCCUGCCCAUUACUCGUUUGAAUUUUGGACGAACCCAGUUCGAAAUAUCAUCCGGUGUACACACGCUGGGCAAAUUCGAAUGCUCCGGAAGGGCGGAUGUCGCCCAAGUUCCAACGUCUUGCGAGGAUCUAUGGCACAUAGGCCACACACUGAAUGGAUUCUAUUCCGUCAUGGGCCCUGCUAUGAUGGAAACGGUUUUUUGCAAUUUUACCUACACACGCUGGGCAAAUUCGAAUGCUCCGGAAGGGCGGAUGUCGCCCAAGUUCCAACGUCUUGCGAGGAUCUAUGGCACAUAGGCCACACUGAUUGGUUACAUCGACGUCAAGUCGGUGCCAACCUAUUUCUACGUGCAGAGAAGCGAACGUUUCUCAAAAGUAAACACCUCCAUCCCAUUCGAUGUUGCACUUGUCAACAUAGGAAACGCGAUGAAUUUGACAACGGGCAUUUUUACCGCCCCGCGGGCUGGAACGUAUUUCUUCUCUUUCACGGGGCUGGCGGAAUUUCCGACCUUUUCCUCCUUACUCUAUUUAGGCAUAGACCUUUAUCUCAACGAUAAUCUCAUUGGCAGAGGUUUUGUAGAAGAUGCCAACACCACGGCCGGCCAGUUUAGUCCAGUGACCCUCCAGUCAACAUUGAAUUUGCAACCAGGCGAUCAAGUGUGGCUGGAAAUCGAUUCUCUAAUGCCUCCCCUUGUUGACGAGCGUAUUGUUCGCCGUAAUAAGCGUAUGCUUCCGACAAAAGGAGUCGUUUUAUUUGACGACAGUCGCCAUUUUACUCAUUUUACCGGCUGGAUGUUGGAAGAAGACAUUUCGCAAUCACUUUAAAUGCAACCAACACACUAACACAUUUUAUUAAUUUUUUUAUACCUAGCUCCUGUGCUCAAUACAUUAGACCCAGCACUUCUCUCUAAA